AUGGCAAGCGUGGUGGUCAAAACGAUCUGGCAGUCCAAAGAGAUCCACGAGGCCGGGGACCCCCCCGCAGGGGUCGAGAGCCGCUCCCAGCUGAUCCCGGAGGCCCCUGGGGGGGUGAUCAACCCGGCCAAGGGGAUCGCGAAGAAAAAGAAGGCCGUGUCAUUCCACGGGGUGGAGCCUCGGAUGUCGCAUGAGCCCAUGCACUGGUGCCUGAACCUCAAACGGUCCUCAGCCUGCACCAACGUGUCCCUGCUCAACCUGGCCGCCAUGGAGACCACGGACUCGUCCGGCACAGACUCCACCGCGGACGACAGCAGCGGCCCCCCAGCACUGCCUGGGCCCCCCGCCUCCCCCACCCUGCCCUGGGCUCAGGAUGACCCAGACAUCACGGAAAUACUGAGCGGAGUCAACAAUGGUUUGGUCCGAGCCAAAGACUCCAUCACCAGCUUAAAGGAGAAGACCACCCGGGUGAACCAGCAUGUGCAGUCAUUGCAGAGCGAGUGCUCAGUGCUGAGUGAAAAUUUAGAGAGAAGGCGGCAAGAGGCAGAAGAACUAGAAGGGUACUGCAGUCAGCUCAAGGAAAACUGCCGGAAGGUGACCCGGUCAGUGGAAGACGCUGAAAUCAAAACCAACGUCCUGAAACAGAACUCUGCCUUGCUGGAGGAGAAGCUGCGCUAUCUCCAACAGCAACUUCAAGAUGAGACGCCGCGUCGGCAGGAGGCCGAGCUGCAGGAGUUAGAGCAGAAGCUGGAGGCCGGCCUCUCCCGGCACGGCCUGGGCCCGGGCGCUGUACCCCAGGGCUGCUCAGGCCCCCCGGGGAGCCCCGACGAGCCCCCUCGGUCCCGCAGCGUGACCCCUGGCGGCUGGGGAAUGGGGCCCAGGGCGGGAGAAUGUCCCCUCUCGAGCGAGCUGGAGCUGCAGAAAGUGUCCACGGGCCUCGAGGAAUUAAGGGUGGAGCGGUCCGCCGUGUCCGUGGCAUCGCUGAGGAGUGAACUGGAGGGGCUGGGCCCCGUGAAGCCAAUUCUGGAGGAGCUGGGGAGGCAGCUUCAGAGCUCGCGGCGAGGAUUGGACUUCUCCCUGAGCCUGGACCGGCCCCCUCAAGGCACCUGUGCCCGCUGUGCCAGCCAGGGGCAACAGCUGUCCACAGAGUCCCUGCAGCAGCUGCUGGAGCGAGCCCUAACUCCACUCAUGGAGGAGGUGAAGCAGAGGGGCCUGGCCCCUGCCUGCCCCAGUUGCCAGAGGCUACACAAGAAGAUUCUGGAGCUGGAGCGCCAGGCCUUGGCCAAACAUGUCAGGGCAGAGGCCCUGAGCUCCACCCUUCGGCUGGCCCAAGACGAAGCGCUACGGGCCAAGAACUUGCUGCUGACGGACAAGAUGAAGCCGGAGGAGAAGGCGGCCGCUCUGGAUUACCUGCACCUGAAGAUGUGCUCCUUCCAUGACCAACUCAGCAACCUGCCACUGGAGGGGUCCACGGGGGCGAUGGGAGGAAGUAGUGGGGGAACACCCCCAAAACGUGGGGGCUCAGCCCCUGAACAAUAA